AUGUUACUACUUCUCGGGACUCUCGUUAUUCUUAGUAUAGGAACAGAUUGUAUACAGAGUUCGGCGUUGCGCAGUGACAGGCCGAUCAUCAGGUUAGAGGCAUUAAAAACGACUAAAUUGACCGAUAGAAGACCGUGUAAAGAUGGCACCGAAAGAUGUUUGAAACUCAAGAGUAAAGUGCUCCAAGAUGUAGAAGAGGACACGACGACAAGCACGGCGCCGCCAGUCGUCGGAAUCAGAAAGACGACUACACCGCCCCUGAACAUUUCGUUUGACAUGGAACGGUGCGCAGACGUCGCGAAGUGCAACUUAAACAUAUGGUAA